AGAACUUCGGUUUUGCUUUCCUUACACGUCGUCUUCCUGAAAAGCACUGACAGCGCCGUGGCAGUGUCAAGGCCCUCAGUGCUAACCUCUCCAUACCCACCGCUUGACCACUUCACUUCCCCGUUUCUUUGUGUCAUUUCUAACCACUUAAUUUCCCAGACAUAGGGAAGUCUCUGGCCGGCUCUUUUCUCAUCUGUAAACUGAGAAGACUGCAGUAGGUGACCCUGAAGUCACUUGUGGUUUUUAGUAUUCUGAGGUUCUACCCCACCCCUGAGCCUGGAUUCUGGGUGUCAUUUAUGGGGCAGAAUUACUGUAAGGCAAAUGAAGUUCAGGCUUCAGGGUUCCUCGCUUUCACAGGCCUCUUCCAAGGCAUAGGGAAGGACCUCAGUGGUCUUUUGUAUUUUGUAUUAUUUUUUUUUUUUUGUAAAAGAGUGACCCCAAAUCACAUAAGUUUCAGCUCCUACACAACUUAUAUUCCUACGGAACUGGCCGUUUUUGUAUCCUGGUGUUUUGGUAUUUGUGAUCUUUUCCUUCAGACUUCCCCCUCCCCACCUCCUACUCCUUGUGUGUGCCUGUUGCUGAGGCUUGGAGAAGGAAUGAAUGAAUGGAGCUGUCUGGUUCCUGCUGUAACCUGGCUUUAGUUUGCUCUGCAGUUAGGGAGAGAGAUGCCAGAGAUCUGAAAUGCAAGGCAGUAGUCACUUUGCAACAAAGCCUGCAUUGUUCUUUAUCUCACUGCUGGCUUGCCCCACCUCCUUUGGGGAAAGGUUAGUGGUCAGAAAGAAAGUCCUCUUAAUUGAAAUCAUAAAAGCAACUGUUUUCUCCAUGGAAACAAAGGUUGUACACUGGAAAUGCAGAGAAAUGAAUUGCAUUCUUUUAUGAGUUUGAAAAUGAGGCAACCCUAUGCUAGAAUUUUUAUAGCACUUUAUAACAAAUAUAAACAUUUUAAUUUGCUGUUCGACAUGUUUGUAAGAUGUUCUGUUGGAAAAUCUUCAGAUAUUCAACGUUUAAGGUGUUUUACCUUAAUUUAAAUAACCUUUCUUUAAAUAACCUUAAAUGUUUAAGGUGUAAAUUAGUUAUAUAAAUAAGGUCAUUGUAAAUUAUUUCAUAAUAGUGUAAAAUCCACCAAAUUGAAAGGUAAAUCAUCAUUACCUUAUUUUUGCAAAUAAGGAAAUCAGUGAUGUACAAGAAAUUAAGUGAUUUGUCGUCAGUUGGACAGUAAUCAGGUCCGUCGCUAGCCAAAAGAGCCAUGUCCUUUUCUUUAUAAUAAACAUUACUUUUAGGAGGAAUCCAUUUACAUCAGCUCUUACUAAAGACCACUUACUAUACAUGGACCAAAUUAUAUCCUUCAACACCUCUCCAGCUGCACACAUCCAUGUGAUUAUGCUAGGUUUUAUAAAAGUGCUCAGUGGUGAGACUAUUCCCAUGAGUAUUAUAUACCAAUUAAGUAAUUCACUGUAGAUUUAUGUAGGUUAUCAUAAAGUCACAAAGUAGAAAUCAUUGCCAACUAGGACAAUAGGAAAGUAACUUUUUGAACAGUAGAGUCUUCUGGAUAGUUCAGUUUGGGGUUUUUGCCCAUUAAGCACUAAAAUCUCUUUUUUAGGAUGGAAAUCUUUCCAAAAUAUAUUAUUUCCAUGCUUUCUUAAUAGAAUGUACCGAAUGUGAUAUAAACAUUCUAUAAUGAUCUCAAAUGGACAUUUUAAACAUAAUUUGUUGUGUUGUGAUGUAAACAGUGUUAGGGCUGCAGAGGUUUACGCAGCGUUUCCCUAUUGUUUGGAGUUUUUAUGUUUUUUGGCUUUUCUUUUAGGUUUUUUUUAUCCUUUCCCCGGGUCAGUUGUCAGCCAUGCCUACUGUCGUCAGAGCGCCUGCCUCAAGUGCCCUUCCCAUACCUUUCUCUGCUGUGGGCUUAGCAGCUGGUCGUUAGAUCUGAAUGGAAAAAUCGUCCGUAGAUGUAAAUCAGAGCAUGAGGAAGCCUCCUGUGCCAUAAGUCUACUGAUGAUGCCGUAAUUGCUCAUUUUGUCCCCAGACCCUUUCUGGGAGCCCAGUGAUGGGAGUGAGAGGGUUGCAGGGCUUUGUGGGAAGCGCCUGCCCACACACACGCACGGCGGUCAACUUCAAGGAGCUGGCCGAGCUGCACCGAAGCCAGCAUCCUGGGUGCGCGCCUACUGUCGUGGUGGAUGCCAUGUGUUGCCUCCGGUACUGGUACACUCCCGAAUCUUGGGUUUGCGGCGGCCAGUGGAGAGAGUACUUUGCUGCUUUGCGAGAUUUUGUUACAGCCUUCACGACUGUCGGCAUCAAGCUGGUAUUCUUCUUCGACGGCAUGGUGGAGCAGGGCAAGAGGGCCGUGUGGGUGAGACGGAGGCUCAAGAACAAUCAGGAGAUAGCCCGGAUUUUCCAUUACAUCAAGUCGCACGGGGAGCAGCCGGGCAGGAACAUGUUCUUCUUGCCCUCGGGGCUGGCCAUAUUUACGCGGUUUGCUUUGAAGACCCUGGGUCAGGAAACUCUGUGUUCCCUACAGGAGGCUGACUAUGAGGUGGCUUCUUACGGCCUCCAGCAUAACUGCCUUGGGAUUCUUGGAGAAGACACUGACUACUUAAUUUAUGACACCUGUCCCUACUUUUCAAUUAGCGAGCUCUGCCUGGACAGCCUCGACACCGUCAUGCUCUGCAGGGAGAAGCUCUGUGAGAGUCUGGAGCUCAGCCUGGCGGACCUGCCCCUGCUGGCCUGCCUGCUUGGCAAUGACACGGUCCCAGAAGGCCUGUUCGAGAGCUUCCGGUUCCAGUGCCUGUCGUCCUACACCUCUGCGAGGAAAAACUCUGACAAGAGAGGUAACGUCAUCCUGGCUGUAGCGGACCACAUAUCGAAAGUUCUUCGCUUACAUCAGGGUGAGAAGAAGCUAGAAGAGAUGCUACCUUUGGGACAAAACAAAGCUCUUUUUUAUAAAGGGGUGGCAUCGUAUCUUUUGCCGGGACAGACAUCUCCGUGGAUUUUCCAAAAACCCAAAGGUAUAACAACUUUGGGCAAGCAGAUAGUAUCCGUGAGUACAGACCCUGAGUUCAAGCCAGAGAGUCUGGUGUGUACGCACCCUGAAUCCAAGGAAGAAACUCCCGUGUGUACACACCCUGAAACUGAACAAGAAGACCCCAUGAAUAUGGAGCCUGAAAUGAAGCAACAAGUAACCAUGGUUUCAGACACUGAAAUCCUGAAGGUCGCUAGGGCGCAGCACGUCCAGGCUGAGAGCUACCUGGUGUACGGCGUCAUGACCAGCGGGGAGAUCGAAUGCAGCAACACCCUGGAGGACGCGCUGGACCAGGCUCUGCCCAGCCAGGCCUUCGUGUACCGUCCCAUGCGGCAGCGCGUCUACUCCCUGCUGCUGGGGGCCGGCGGAGGUGGCGCCAGCGGCGGCCCCGUCGUCCAGGAGUGGUUCGUGCACUCUGGGAACCCGCUAAGGCACCCGGACCUCGUCAGGCCCCUGCCGAUGAACGUUCCAGGGGGAACGCCCAGUUUGAAAGUCCUGUGGCUGAGCCAGGAGCCCGGAAUCCAGGCCCGGCGCAUGGACACCCUGCUCGCCUGUUUGGACCUCUCCUCCUCACGGGAAGAGCUGCAGGCGGUCGAGAGCCGCUUCCAGGCGCUGUGCUGCCUCCUGACCUACCUCUUUGUGCAGGUGGACACACUCUCCCUGGAGGACCUGCACGCUUUUAUCGCUCAGGCCCUGUGCCUCCAAGGAAAAUCACUUGGGCAGCUUAUGGACUUACAGCUCGAGCACGUGGACCCCAGAGCCGUGCAGCUUGGCUCCCUCCUGGUCCGCGGCCUCAGCAUGCUGGUGCUGGUCAACAGCGCCUGCGGCUUCCCUUGGAGCAGCAGCGACUUCAUGCCCUGGAACGUGUUUGACGGGAAGCUCUUCCACGAGAAGUACCUGCAGUCCGAGAGAGGGUACACCGCCGAGGUGCUUGUGGAGCAGGACAGGUCUCGGCUCACCAGAUUCCACGACCUGAAGUCCAUCGUGUGCAAGGCCUGCGUGAGGGAGGACAGGCGCAUCGUGAGCCGGCAGCACUGGCGCCCGCACCACUCAGGGAGGUGGGAGAGGCAAGGAUCCGGCUCCCACAGGACGAACUCCGGGCACAGCCGGUCUGGCCGCAGACAGCACUGGAGAGACCAGGGCCCAGGAAGCAGGCAGCGCGAGCCGGACCGGUGGAGAAGACACUCGCCGUCCUCCGGCCACCCGGACGAGAAAGAAAAACAGCAGCCGAUCUCCCUUUCUCCGUGACUGCCCCAGGAAGCCUCGUCUCCCGGGGCGGCAGAGGUAGCAGGAGCACACAGGACACGCCAAAUGGGUCGCGGCUUCCUCCUGGCGGCCAGCGGCCAGACGCGCAGAGACGCUGGCAUCUUCCCAUGACCCUUCGGGCACCCAGCUCAGUGGGUCAUUCUCCCGGGUCCGAAGUGCAGGGCAGGAGCGAGCCAGCGUCGGCGGCUUCGCAUUUGGGCUCACUGCAUCUUAACCUUCGUGUGUAGUGACCCCGAUAGGGGCCAUCGAAUUUUAGUAAAGUUUUUAAUGAGAAUGAAUAAAGCAAUCCAGGCAAAGAACUUCAAGAAGGUUGGGUUGACUAUAGGUU